AUGACAUCGACUGUGCCAUUGAUUAUCGAGUACGCGCUUGCAUCGCCAGAAGUGACGCUAGAAGCCAUCACACUCACAUUCGGAAAUACAACCCUUGACUAUGCACACAGCAACAUUCUGCGAUUGGCGCAUGCACUGGAAGUCGCGAACAAGGAUGGUGCCAUCAAGAAUGCGACGCUACGUGAGCGAAUUGAGCACGGGUUCAAUGGUAAGCCCGUACCGAUUGCCCUGGGUGCUGAGAAACCAUUAGGUGGUCGCUUAUUCACGGCGAGCUAUUUCCAUGGUCGUGACGGCAUGUCAGGCGUCUCUUUUAUCGAGGGGAAUCCAUAUCCAGCCACUAAGUCGUCAGUUCUCUUCGGUUCCAGGCCGGCGAACUUGCCAGCGGAUGAAUGCAUUCUCGACAUUCUUCGGCGCCAUCCGCCGCACACUGUACGAAUUGCGGCCGUUGCUCCGCUAAGCAACCUGGCAAGUGCUUAUCUGAAGGACCCUGAGACUUUCUGUCGCGUGGGCUCCAUUAGUGUCAUGGGUGGCGCUCUCGACGUGCCUGGCAACACAUCUCCCACCGCCGAGUUCAACUUUUUCGCUGACCCUUGGGCUGCCAAAGUUUUGUUGGAAGAUGCGGUGCAUGAUGGACGUCCACUUCCGAUCCAGCUUCUCCCUCUGGAUACGACAUCGCGUCACACUGUGCCGUAUGAACUUCUGGUGCUUGACGAAUCGUCGGAGCUGUACAAAACAAACUACUUGUUCCGCUUAAUUUCAUUGUUCCUCCGCAAGCCGCGUGCAGUAACCAACUCAUUUGCACUAAAGGUGUUUCGUUCGAUGCGGCGAAAUACGACUUGUUUGAGGCACACGAUCCUUUGGCCGUCGCGCAUGCGAUCUUUUGUACAGACACCAAGCUCUGGUCUUGCACAAGUCGACCAUUCCUCAUUGAGACAGAAGGUCGCUUAA